AAAGUCCACUUUCUUCUAGGUACAAGUAGAUCCUACUAUAGUAGUUGGAAGAUGGCAAAGAACAAUCAUCUUAUAAAUUUUAUCUAAACAUGCAAAACAAAGCUCUAACACUCUAUAUAAGCACGCAAACCAUUAUCUAACUACCGACUGAUCAACCCGAUCGAUAUCGAAUCAUUAUCAAUGGCAGAAGCAACAAAGCGGUAUGCAGUUGUGACAGGGGCAAACAAAGGAAUAGGAUUAGGGAUUGUCAAGCAGUUGGCAUCAGAUGGAAUAACAGUGGUCUUAACAGCUAGAGAUGAGAAGAGGGGUCUUGAAGCUGUUGAGAAACUCAAACAGUCCGGUUUGGGAGGUGAAGUGGUUUUUCAUCAACUUGAUGUGGCUAACCCCUCAACCAUUGCUCCUCUCGCGGAGUUCAUUAAAACCCAGUUCGGGAAACUCGAUAUCUUGGUGAACAAUGCAGGGGUUGGUGGAUCCAUUUUAUAGAUAUGUUAGGCACGUUUUAUUGUUGUAUAAGCAUGGGUGUAACAUAGUAUUUUUAAUACUAUGCAUCGAACUACAUUUCUUCUUAAUAUAGGUAAAUUAUUUUC